AUGGAAACUACAAAACUACAAAUGGAUAUGCACAAGUCCAACUCCUGGCUCUACUACAAGCUCAGCAUCCACACCAUAGGCCUUGUCCUUCGAUCUGGCAUAACGAUCACCAGCCCCGACCCCAAAGCAGACGCAAAACUCCAAGUCACAUCAGGCGUACAUCAUGGGGGAACCAUCAAAGUCAUCGUGGCCGGACUCCCGCGCACAGGCACAAUCAGCAUGAAGCGCGCCCUCGAAGAACUAGGCUACGGCCCAUGCUUCCACCUCGCCGAACCCCUCUGCCAAUUCGACAACCUCCGCCAGAGCGCCGCCAUCGUCCACACAAAAGACACGGCCCUCCGGCGGCGCAAGCUCGUCAAACUCCUCCAAGGCUGCGAGGUCACCCUCGAGGUCCCCGGGAGCUCAUGCCUACCCGAUCUCCUGGAAAUGUACCCGGACGCAAAAGUCAUCCUGACAGAACGAACUUCCGCAGCCGUCUGGCUGCGCUCAUGGCGCGGCUUCGGCAUCGAUCUGCGGUCCAACUGCUUCCGCUGGGUCGGGUACUGGAUUCCUGGCGUGGUGGCGGCCAACGAUCUCUACCGCGGGUGGAUGCAGCUCUCGGCUGAGCGUUUCGGGGUCGAGGCCGAGCCGUCGGAGGAGCUGUACCAUGCGCACAGUGCGUGGGUGAAGAGCAUUGUGCCGCGGGAGAGGUUGCUGGUCUUCAAGUGUCAGGAUGGGUGGGGGCCUCUGUGUGGGUUUCUGGGGAGGGAGAGGCCGAAUUCCUUUCCGCAUGGCAAUGAAGCGGGCUAUUUGCGGUAUUAUAAGCGGGUGGCGAUGGUGUUGGGGAUUUUCCUGUGGUUGGUUGUUCUUGCUAUGGCUGUUUUGUCGGUGUUUGUGAUGUCUUUGCUUGAGUAG